CUCAUCUACAUUUCUCACUACUUCAUCUCCAUUACUUCUUUUACAAUUUCAUCUCCAACAAAAUCUUCCAUUUUCAUCUACACCAACUCCCCAACAAUAUGUCUUUACUCACAAUGGGCGAGGCACACAGAGGAACAGUUGCAAACAUCGCGACAUACGAUGUCUCAAGGUUUCGCACUCGAGUCCACGAAUUUGUCCACAUGGACCCGUUGAUUCAACCUUAUGUUGAACUUGCCGGUUUUGGUCACCUUAGCAAAAUUAUGUCUUGGUCUAUAGAUAACAAAUUCAUUCUCGCCUUAUGCGAAAGAUGGAGGCCAGAGACACACACAUUUUGGUUUCCAACCGGUGAGUGUACCGUGACGUUAGAAGACGUCUACAUGCUUUUAGGACUACGAAUUGAAGGCAAAGCUGUUAAUGGUAAGACCAACUUUCCAAAUUCAAUUUGCAUGGAGCUUUUAAACGUUGAUUUGUUAGAUGAUAAUGCUAGGGGACAAGGUAUACUACUUUCACGCCUAAAGUCAUAUUAUAAUAGUUUUUAUUUAGAUGAGCAUUCUACCGAAGAAGCUCGAAUCAUUAAAACUAGGUGUUACAUUAUGUUGUUACUAGGAUCCUUUUUAUUUCCCGAAGGUAGUGGUUCUAGCAUGCAUAUUAUGUACUUACCUUUACUUAGACAAAUAGAUAGAAUAGGUAGUUAUAGUUGGGGAUCCGCAUGUCUAGCCUAUCUCUAUAGUUCUUUGUGCAAAAACUGCCACAAAGAUACUUCUACAUUUUCUGGAUGUGCUGUUUUGCUACAAGCAUGGGGAUGGUCAAGACUACCGUCUCUAGCACCGGUCAAUAGCAACCCCUUCACUUUUCCAUAUGCAAAAAAGUAAGUUGUUUAAAUUGCUAUAUCUUUACUUCCUUCC